AAGGGAGACGCUCCGAUCACUGUAAGAAGAAAGAAAAGCACGCGAACAAAUAGGGUCUGAUGGCUCCGAAGCGUAAGGCCAAGGUCAUCAAGACGACGAGGAAGGUGGUUCAAGAAACGGUCGAAGUCGCUCUCGUCGCAAAAGACCAGAAACUAGGCGCCGAAUCCGACGAGAUGCUGCAAGAAGAAUCAGAAAGCGAGGUCGUGAAGACCACCGUAACAGUGGAAGGCGAAUUACCGGGAGGAGCCGAACAGGCGACGGUCGAGAUCCCCAUCGAGCAGCCUCCACGGCAAGAAACCGUCACUGAAGCACCACGAAUGCCGAGACAACCGGAGACGGAGGCAAAAGACAAGACCCACGAUCAGAAAACAACGCGAGACGCCAAGGAGGAGGACCGCGAAGAGCGAGAAGAGGACGAAGAGACUCAGAGCCCCGAGGGCACCCCGCGAGCCGCGGCAGAGAGAGAAGCGGAGACUCUUAAGGAAGAGCCGGCUCUCGAUGGAGAGAGAAAGAAAGCGCAGGGGACGACAGAGAGAGAGAGACCCGCGGAGAGAACAGAGGAAGAGAGAUCCCCGGAGAAAGACGCCGAGGCAGAGAAGAAGCCAAAGAGAGCCAGAGAAGAGGACGAGAAGGCAAGAGUAGGGCGGCGGAGGCGGAGGCGGAGGGUUGGGGACGGAGUCGGGGCGGAGCAGUACAAGAGGUACGUGUUCCGGGUGCUUAAGCAGGUGCAUCCGGGUCUUGGGAUAUCGUCGGCGGCGAUGGAAGUGCUCAAUGCGUACAUGAACGACAUGUUCGAGAGGCUGGCCGCCGAGGCAGCGAGGCUGUCGAACUACGCGGGGAUCAAGACUUUGACGUCGCGGGACAUCCAGGGUGCGGUCCGGCUGGUCCUGCCUGGCGAGCUCGGGCGGCACGCCAUCGCGGAGGGGGCUAAGGCGGUGAUGAAUUACAUGGAGCACGACGGUGGCGGUGGUGGUGCCAAGUCCAAGCCCUAACUCCUAAGGAUGUUUUCAUUUAGUACUGGUCUGCGGUCAUUUGACUAAGUCUUUCUUUCUUUCUUUCUUUCUUUUUUAAUUACUUUUUGGUGAUGGUGAUUUUGUAUUUUAUGUUCAUGAUUUCUGCGCUUUUAUUUUUCGUGGGUGGGCCCCUUAACUCAUUUUUUAGUCUGUGUAAUAGAGAGUUAGGUCUUUUCUUUUUCGUCAAAAUUUUUCGGUCUUGUUUAUGUUUAUGCGGUGUAAAUGGCUUCUCUUGAAACUUGCGUGUUCGCUUUUUAAGCUUAA